AUGAGAGACCACGGCUAUAAAAGCGAAGGUGGAUUUGGGAAGUCUGUCGCAGCCAUGUCCUGUCCGUUUGUACGCGAGCAACCCAUUGCGGAAGGUGCAAGGUUGAUAAGGAGAGUUUUCAGAAUUCAACGUAUAUUGCGGGAUAGACAGGAUCCUUUAGCGCAGUGCGACAGUGUGCUCAUAGAGAGAUAUCGUUUUUCCCGUGAGGGUAUUAUUUACUUAAUCAACUUGUUGGAUCCCUAUGUUAAGAGUUCCACUCGCUGUAGUCGGGCAUUAACAACUGCACAAACUGUGUGCAUUGCCUUGCGUUUCUUUACGAGUGGCACGUUUCUGUACACUGUUGGAGACGCAGAGAACAUAGGAAAAAGUGCUGUCUGCCGUUCCAUUCGCAAAGUAUACCUGGCACUCAAGCAUUUUCUGGGUGUGUUUGUGGUUUUUCCAAGCCACUUAAGACCACAGGUUGUCAAACAGGGCUUUUUUUCUAUUGCAGGCUUCCCUAAUGUGAUUGGUACCAUAGACUGCACACACAUUGCCAUCAAGGCCCCCCCAGGCCCCAAUGAAGGGGAUUUUGUCAGUCGAAAGGGGGUUCACAGUAUAAAUGUGCAGGUGAGUAAUACUAAUAUUUUAGAUGGGAAAUCCGAAGAAACCCCUGCAGAUAAGGACGGUGUCUCUAUGAGCCAGCUGACACCUGUCCACACACUCAAUCAAUCAGACUCGACCAAAGAGCUGUCUAAGGACACUAGGGACAAAAUUGUAGACCUGCACAAGGCUGGGAUGGGCUACAGGACAAUAGGCAAACAGCUUGGUGAGAAGGCAACAACUGUUGGCGCAAUUAUUAGAAAAUGGAAGAAAUUCUAG